ACUGCUCCGAAGCGGAGGGGGCUGGGCUGUACCCAGGCGUAGAAACCGGUGUCAGCUCCCGCAGCUGCAGCCAGUGCUGCAAGCCUUUCGGUGAGGUCUGCGCUGGCGCCGCCUCAGCCAUGAUGAUCCACGGCUUCCAGAGCAGCCACCAGGACUUCUCCUUCGGGCCCUGGAAGCUGACGGCGGCCAAAACCCACAUCAUGAAGUCAGCGGAUGUGGAGAAGUUAGCCAAUGAAUUACAUAUGCCAUCUCUCCCGGAAAUGAUGUUUGGAGACAACGUUUUAAGAAUCCAACAUGGCUCUGGCUUUGGGAUUGAGUUCAAUGCUACAGAUGCAUUAAGAUGUGUCAACAACUAUCAAGGAAUGCUUAAAGUAGCCUGUGCAGAAGAGUGGCAGGAAAGCAGGACGGAGGGUGAACACUCCAAGGAAGUUAUUAAACCAUAUGAUUGGACCUACACAACAGAUUACAAGGGAACGUUACUUGGAGAACCACUUAAGUUAAAGGUUGUACCUACAACAGAUCAUAUAGAUACGGAGAAACUGAAAGCCAGAGAACAGAUUAAAUUUUUUGAAGAGGUUCUCCUGUUUGAAGAUGAACUUCAUGAUCAUGGAGUUUCAAGCCUGAGUGUGAAAAUUAGAGUAAUGCCUUCUAGCUUUUUCCUGCUGUUGCGAUUUUUCUUGAGAAUCGAUGGAGUGCUUAUCAGAAUGAAUGACACCAGACUUUACCAUGAGGUGGGCAAGACCUACAUGUUACGAGAAUAUACAUCACGAGAGAGCAAAGUCGCGAAUUUAAUGCAUGUCUCACCUUCUCUCUUCACGGAACCCAACGAAAUAUCACAGUAUUUACCGAUAAAGGAGGCAGUUUGUGAGAAGCUACUAUUUCCAGAAAGAAUUGAUCCUAACUCUGCAGACUCACAAGAACGUACACCUGUGGAAUAGAGUGUGACGCAACGUCUACUCACCAUGGAAUCUGGAGACCUUAGCUAUUUGGAGAGGGCAUUUUUAUUACGAGAAUUAAUUGCCUUGUCUAUGUGCAGAUUUUCUGUAGCCUUAAAGGAAAAACAAAAAUAAAUAAAGGAUUGUUGCAGGCAGAUUCCACUCCA